AGGACGACAAGAGCACUCGCACCCUCAAAAAACCGUUCAAGACCCCGCUAGUCAUGGGGAGAGCUCUUCACAAAUACCUAGGCAAUUCUUCCCCUCCUUUCAUCGCCGAUACGGAUCUUCUCGAAACCCCCGCGUCAUCAUCGUCAUCCAGCAUCGUCACGGGUAACGCUAGCCUUCUGGACAAGAAGCCAUUCCCAACGUUUGAGUCGGCGCAUUCGAAACGAUAUAUGACUAAGAGACUGGCGAGGCCGUUCAAAUCGCCAUCGUUCUCCUCGCCCAUCUCUGAGCCUGAUCCGCCUUCAAGCGAUACAAUCGACCCCCCUUCCAGCCCUACACAUGUACCCGUGCGGCGUCCGAGAAUGAUGGUCGCUUCGACGGAAGCUACCAGCAUCGCCCCUUCUAGAGCGUCCGAGAUCACCGGUUUGGAAGUCCGCAAACAGGUCCUCACUCAGGCCUUGAAGACCAUGAACAAUCAGGCGGACGAGGAACGUCUAUCGCAGCUGCACCUACAAUGGUUGGCGGCCGGACGCGAGAUAUCGGAAAAGCUCUUUACUGUCGUGCCCGAACCUACCGAGGACGGUCACGGUCAGGAAGGCACUUCCAACAAUGGUUCUUACUAUCAGGAUCCACCCAAGGUCAACCCCAGAAUGGACGAGGACGAAGAGCAAGCGGCCGAUACCAGCGCUGACGAGCCGAAAGUGAAGAAAGACUGGAACGUCGGUUCCAUGCUGGACAUGUUCGGAGUCGAUCCUGCACUAUUCGGUUGGAACGAGGAGUUGGAGGAUUGGCAAGAUUGAAGAUCAGAUUACCAGCAGAACAAAUUGACCGGUUGAUCAGCGUUUGAUACGACCACAGUAUACAGGCAUGUCAUCAUAUUAUUCACGUCCGAAACCAGAACACCAGGACACAG